GGACACACGCCCUCGCGUCGGCACUCGUCUGGGUCUGCCACCUCCCGGCUGGGGGCGUGAGGGUUGGGCGGGGGCUCCGGGGUCGUCUCGGCCGGCGGCCAAUGGCAAUGCGGAGGUCAAACUCCGCUCCCCGCGAGGGGCGCAGCGGUUGCUAAGUGCAGGGAGGAGACGGAUCCCGCGCCAGCAGCCCGGGGAAGGGGGAGGCGCGAGCGUGAGCGCGUGGGAGCGCGGAGGCCCGAGCCCGGAGAGGGAGCGAGCGGAGAGAGACGCCGGGGAGGCGCGCGGCAGCGAACGCCCGCCUGGGAGCCUGAGCCCCGCAGCACUGCGGCCGCGCCCUUGCCCGAGACCGUGCGGCCGCCCAGUCCCGCUCCGCCCGCCGCAGCCAGGGCUCCGAAGGAUGGAGGACUCCCGGGAGACGUCGCCGUCCUCCAACAACUCCUCGGAAGAGCUCAGCUCUGCCCUGCAGCUGUCCAAGGGCAUGUCGAUCUUCCUCGACAUACUGAGGAGAGCAGAUAAAAACGAUGAUGGAAAAUUGUCCUUUGAAGAAUUCAAAGCAUAUUUUGCAGAUGGAGUUCUGAGUGGAGAAGAAUUACAUGAGCUCUUCCAUACCAUCGACACACAUAAUACCAACAAUCUUGACACAGAAGAACUAUGUGAAUAUUUUUCCCAGCACUUGGGUGAAUAUGAGAAUGUACUAGCAGCACUUGAAGACCUAAAUCUUUCCAUCCUGAAGGCAAUGGGCAAAACAAAAAAAGACUACCAAGAGGCCUCUAAUUUGGAACAAUUUGUAACUCGAUUUUUAUUGAAGGAGACCUUGAAUCAGCUGCAGUCUCUCCAGAAUUCUCUGGAAUGUGCCAUGGAAACUACUGAGGAACAAACCCGUCAAGAAAGGCAAGGGCCGACCAAGCCGGAAGUCCUGUUGAUUCAGUGGCCUGGAAAGCGAUCAAGUCGCAGAGUCCAGAGACACAACAGCUUCUCCCCUAAAAGCCCUCAGUUUAGUGCCUGCGGCCCAGGCUUGUUAGAAGAAGAUAACCAGUGGAUGACCCAGAUCAACAGACUCCAGAAAUUAAUUGAUCGACUGGAAAAGAAGGAUCUCAAACUUGAACCACGGGAAGAAGAAGUUAUUGAAGGGAAUACUAAAUCUCACAUCAUGCUUGUCCAGCGUCAGAUGUCUGUGAUCGAAGAGGACUUGGAAGAAUUCCAGCUUGCGCUGAAACACUAUGUGGAGAGCGCAUCCUCCCAGAGUGGAUGUUUGCGUAUUUCCAUACAGAAGCUUUCCAAUGAAUCUCGGUACAUUAUUUAUGAGUUUUGGGAGAACAGCAGUGUGUGGAAUAGCCACCUUCAGACAAAUUAUAGCAAGACAUUCCAGAGAAGCAACGUGGACUUCUUGGAAACUCCAGAACUGACAUCUACUAUGCUAGUUCCUGCUUCAUGGUGGAUCCUGAACAACUAGAUGUUCCUAGACAUUUUAUGGUUCCAAGUGCAAAACAAGUAUUCUUAUUGAAAAUGUGAAUUAGAAAAUUCUCUGCAGUUACUAAUCUACUCUGUACUUUUGUUUAAUAUAUUUAAGAUGUGCACUCUUCUAAAAUGUCUUCUAUAUCUUUUAUGUGAAGUUUACCUAAAUUUUUGAAGUUCACUAUUCUCAGUCUUUGCUGUUUUGCUACAUUGUAACCUAAACCCUUCAGUGAAAGAAUCUUAAUAUGUGAAAAAAGUGUACACAUAAAGGAAAAAAAUUGUGAAAAAGAAAUGAUAAAAAAUAAUUGAAGUGGGAACUUUUAGAGUAUCACUUCAUAGGAUAGCUUUUGUAGAUUUGUCAUAAACUAUCAAGGUUAAAUCAGUGUUCUGUCAUUUUUAAGUAACUGAUUUUCUGUGAAGUUUAUUCUUUGGUCGUGCUCCCUCCAUUACCAAUUCAUGACCUUGUAAGUAUUCACUUUACUGAAAAAGCUAAUAUGUGACCCAAAAUGGUGUCCUUACAUGCAGAGAGAGCAAAAGAAGGUGCACAAAGAAAAGGCCACGUUAGGACACAGUAAGAAGGUACCAACAGCAAGCCAGAAGAGGCCUCAGAAGAAAUCAGCCUUGCUAGCACCUUGAUCUUGGAUUUCCAGGUUCUAGAACUGUGAGAAAAUACCUUUCUAUUGUUUAAGCUAAAAAAAAGUUAAUACAUGAGCAUACAAUAGUCUUGACUGUAAUCUAUAGACUUUAUAUACCUAUCAUGUUAUAAACUGGUUUUUCACAAGUGAACAAUUCUGUGAUAGUUAGGGUACCAUUUGGUACUGUAACACCAUUAUAUCAUUUAUUAUAGCAUCAUAAUUAUAUGUAGGUUCAACAAAUCAAAAAAAUAGAAUUUUACUUUGAGAAAAUUUGAUUCAAAUUUUUUGGCAUAUGAGCCAGAGGACUAAUUUACUUCUGGAAAAUAGACAUUUGCAUUUAAAUAAUAAAAUUUUAACCUAAGUAAAUGAAGAAAUACAAAAUAUAAGCACAAAAUUUUAAGAGCAUUCCCUCUUCCCAGGGAAGAUACUGGACAGAAAACCUUUUCCAGUUUUAACACUAGAAUGACAAUUCUAAUUUCACCAGAACAGUUGGUGUGUUCUGUGUACCUAGUACACUUUGCUAUACAGGCUCAUAUAGUUUUAAUAAAAUCUAUUCUGAUAAAUGCUGCUAAUAAAAAUCCAGUGCAGAUUAAGUCUAUUUCUGUUAUUCUAUAAUCCAAAUGCCUUUGCAACCACAGGUCUUCAAGGAAAAACUGUAAGGCAAUUUUUUUUUCUUUUACUGUUAGAAAACUCAGAUUGAACUAAAUUAUAUUUUUAAAUAUAAAAUUUGACCUAAAAAUUUCUCAAACGAAUUAGCUUCUAUCAAAGGUAUACCUUUGUAUAUGCCUCAGUCCUCGUCCAUCUAAGUAAUUUUUUUCAUAACUUAUACAAGACAAGGGCAGUAAAUUUUGACAUAUACACACCUACACAC